CCCCUCUCUCCGAGGCCGCGACUCCCGCUUCCGCUACACCUCAGGACCCCGACCCCCCGCCCCCUCACUCCUGGACCCGAACCCCCUCCCCAGUGCUAUCUUGCUGUCCCGCGUGGUCGGGGUCAGAAGAGCCCCCUGAGCGCGCUUGGGAGAAGAAGGGAGAAGGCGGUGUCGCCUGUCAGUGGAGCAGGUGCCCUACAUUGUCCGCGACUUCAGGGGAAAUGCUGAAGACUCCGGGCGUCUUCCCAAAGACGGGCAUGGGCUACCCUCCCCAAGUGGGGAGAAAAAACUCUAAGUAUGUUCACCUCCUUUUGGCUUGCUGCCUGGUUCCCUGUGUACCUGCUCCUGCUGGUUAUUGAUUGUAUAGACAUACGGAUGAACUAGAAAGGCUUCUCCCGUCACUUCAUUCCAGCCUCAUCCGUGCACCUGUGCUUCUUACCUGUUCCUCCUGAGUAUCCAGAUGCCGGCAAGACUGUGCUUUGGACUUCCGUGUGUGAUUGCCUGGGAGGAUCACAGAUUGCCUUCAGUGUUGGGUGUCUGCUGCUCUGGGAUACGUUUUCACAUCCUGGCUCUGAGAAACUUGCAAGUUCAAUAGUGAGAUUCAUAGCAAUGUCUUUAAAAGACAAUCACGUGAGACUGAGAUUUCCUCUAAUAUCAAAACCACGUACGUAUUUCAGGAAAAAAAAUCACGUUAGAAUGCAUUCUCCAAGAGAAACCGUUGGAUGUGUUGCAGAGCCCCUCUGCGGUACCUCCACUUGUAACUGCUCAGACUGAGCGGCCUGCUCUUGGGUCAGGAAAUUGGCCAGAGGCCCAGGGAUGUGGUCCACGUUUGAAAGAUCAGGAAUUCUCCGAAGUUGGACUUUAUUGACCUGACAUUAUCGAAGACUCAACGAAAGACUCCAACAGUUAUUCAUAAACAUUACCAAAUCCAUCGCAUCAGACAUUUUUAUAUGAGGAAAGUCAAAUUUACUCAGCAGAAUUACCAUGACAGACUGUCACAGAUUCUAAUGGAUUUUCCCAAACUGGAUGACAUCCAUCCAUUCUAUGCGGAUCUGAUGAACAUUCUCUACGACAAGGAUCACUACAAGCUGGCUCUGGGACAAAUCAAUAUUGCCAAAAAUUUAGUGGACAACGUUGCUAAGGACUAUGUGCGGCUCAUGAAGUACGGGGACUCCCUGUACCGCUGCAAGCAGCUGAAGCGUGCCGCCCUCGGGCGCAUGUGCACCAUCGUGCGGAGGCAGAAGCAGAGUCUGGAGUACUUGGAACAAGUGCGUCAGCAUCUGUCCCGUCUGCCGACUAUUGACCCGAACACAAGGACCCUGCUUCUGUGUGGGUACCCGAAUGUCGGCAAGUCCAGCUUCAUCAACAAGGUGACGAGAGCGGACGUGGACGUCCAGCCCUACGCCUUCACCACCAAGUCUCUGUUUGUCGGGCACAUGGACUAUAAGUACCUGCGUUGGCAGGUUGUGGACACGCCGGGGAUUCUGGACCACCCUCUGGAGGAUCGGAACACCAUCGAGAUGCAGGCCAUCACGGCCCUGGCCCACCUGCGUGCCGCGGUUCUGUACGUGAUGGACCUGUCGGAGCAGUGCGGGCACGGGCUGCGGGAGCAGCUGGAGCUCUUCCAGAACAUCAGGCCCCUGUUCGUCAACAAGCCUCUGAUCGUCGUCGCGAACAAGUGUGACGUGCGGAGAGUGGCUGAGCUCCCUGAGGACGACCGGAAAAUAUUUAUCGAUCUGCAGGCUGAGGGGUUUCCUGUGAUCGAGACCAGCACCCUGACAGAGGAAGGGGUUAUUAAAGUGAAAACAGAGGCUUGUGACCGGCUUUUGGCUCAUCGAGUUGAAACCAAAAUGAAAGGAAAUAAAGUGAACGAGGUGCUGAACAGAUUGCACUUAGCUGUUCCCAACAGACGAGAUGAUAAGGAGCGGCCCCCGUUCAUCCCGGAAGGCGUGGUGGCGCGCAGAAGGCGGAUGGAGCUCGGGGAGCCCAAGAGGAAGCGGGAGCGGGAUAUUGAGCUGGAAAUGGGAGAUGAUUACAUCUUGGAUCUUCAGAAGUACUGGGAUAUCAUGAAUUCAUCUGAGAAGCACGAUAAGAUACCCGAGAUCUGGGAGGGCCAUAACGUAGCUGACUACGUCGACCCCGACAUCAUGCAGAAAUUGGAAGAGUUAGAAAAAGAAGAAGAGCUCAGAACCGCGGCUGGAGAGUAUGACAGUGAGUCCGAAAGCGAAGACGAAGAAAUGGCGGAGAUCCGGCAGCUGGCGAAGCAGAUUAGGGAAAAGAAGAAGCUGAAGAUUCUGCAGUCCAGAGAGAAGGACACGCAGGGGCCCAGGAUGCCUCGGACAGCCAAGAAGGUGCAGCGCAAGGUCCUGGAGGAUGAGAUGCGCAGCCUUGGCGUGGACAUGGACGACAAGGAGCACGCCCACUAUGCGGCCCAGGCCAGACGGUCGCGGAGUGUCACCAGGAAGAGAAAGCGGGAGGACUCCGCUCCGCCCACCUCUGUAGCCCGGAGUCGCAGUUGCUCCCGGACUCCACGCGAUGUCUCUGGCCUCCGGGAUGUCAAGAUGGUGAAGAAAGCCAAGACGAUGAUGAAGAACGCUCAGAAGAAGAUGAAUCGCUUGGGGAAGAAAGGGGAGUCGGACAGACACGUGUUUGACAUGAAGCCCAAGCACUUACUCUCGGGAAAGAGGAAGGCUGGGAAGAAGGACAGGAGAUAGGGCCCUUUGCGGCUGGCACUUCCGUGGACUGUUUCCUGGUUUGUUUUCUGGAAUUAGUCACGAUCUACAGACCGAGCGUAAUGAUGAAAUAACUAAAGCACUUGUCGCUUUGCUGAAAGCUGUGGUUCUCCCUUGACGGUGCAGGUGUGGGACGGCUGUGUCACGUCACUGAUAUUCUGAGUAGGUGGUAGUAUCUCAUGGAGUUUUGGUUGCUUCAGACUUGCAGGACUGGAAAGGUUUGAGGUUGUUGGUUGUAUUUUUGAUGCAGAGAAAUCUUACUCUCUUGUGCAAGAGGUAACUUCGGUUCACUGCAUGUUGGUAGUCCUGCAGAGAAAACACCUCCACUUGUGGGUGUGGGCAGAAGGCUGCCAGCCUGCCCUGCAGACACAGGAGCCAGUGAAGGUGGACAGGUGUGUCAGAUGCCAGCACGAAGUCAGUUUCCAGUCUUCUUGGACAGUGCACCAUUGUAACCUGUCUUCAACUGUUUCAUCCAAAAUAAACUUCCUAAAGAAAGCA